AAUGUCAAAAUUAAUUAACAAAACAAAAGAAAUCAAUAAUCAUUUUUUUUACAAUUUGCAAAUACAUUUUUCAUCCUUAAGAGCAUAAAAAUAGCAGCAAAUAAAAGUGUUUUUUUAGAAUUUUUACAAAAGUUUUUGAGCAAUUUUAACAAAUCAAAAGAAAAUAUACAUUUAAAAACAAACAAAAAUGCAAGAUGGUAGACAAGCAGCACAACAAUAUCAGGAACAAGUAUUACCCGAACGUAUGGCCAAAAUGGAAGUGACCCAACGACCACAGCCACCACAAAGACUUAAUCUCAUGAAUUCAUUGGCUUUGAGCGGUACGAAUAGCAAUGAUGAAUCCGAACCGGAGGCCAGAUAUGAAUGUGCCAUUUGUAUGAGUUGGUUAAAGGAACCGGUGCUAACGACUUGUGGUCAUAGGUUUUGUAAAACCUGCUUAAACAACUGGUUGCGCAAGAAAAAUCAACUAUGUCCCAUGGAUAAUCAGAAACUAGAGGUGGAUAAAGAUGUCUUUCCCGAUAACUAUACGCGACGAGAAAUACAACAGAUUAAAUUAAAGUGUGAGCAUAAUAAGACGGGUUGCACAUUUAUAGGUUCACCCUUGGAAAUGGAACAGCAUAAGCUAGAGUGUCCCUAUCGCUGUGAGGAGGAGCCGAGCGAGGAAAAAUGUCCCUUUGCCAGCAUUAAAUGCGAUUUUGUGGGACGCCCUGAAACCAAUGCCUUGGAAAUGCAUUUAAAAGAAGAUAUGCCACAUCAUUUGCAAUUAAUGUUGAGAUCUUUACAAAAUACAGCCAUAGCUAGCUGGAAUCCACAAAAACCAGCUAGAGGACAAAAUGGUAGUGGAGCGGGUGGAGCUUUACCACCACCGCCACCACAAUAUGCCAAUGGUGAUGGAAUUAGUGAGGAACAACUUAUACAGGCCAUGUAUCAGCGUAUAGUGGUUUUAGAGCAAAGAGCCUUCGAGCAAGAAGUCAAAAUAGAAAACCUGACAAAACAACUAAUGGAAACACAACAACAAGUGGAUGCUCGCUACAGCAAUGGCACUAUUGUUUGGGAAAUUCCUAGCUUUCAAAAUCUUAUCAAUCAUUUGCGUUCCAAUGCCAGUCAUUUAAAAUACUCUCCCGAAUGUUAUACUUCACCCUAUGGCUAUAAGUUUUGUGCCCGUCUCAAUAUACAACCACGCAAUAUAAAUUUCUUAAGCUUACACAUCCAUCUAAUGCAAUCGGAAAAUGAUAUACACUUAGAAUGGCCAUUCAUAGGACGUAUUAAAUUCUGUAUGGUUCAUCCGAGAGACAUGAAACUAUCACAACACGAUACCAUUAUGACUAAAGCUGAAAUUUUAGCUUUUCAUCAGCCACGCGAACGUAUUAGUGGACGUGGUUAUGGUUUUGUAGAAUACGCCAAUAUAGCGGAUAUUAUUAAGCGAGGAUUUUGUGAGGAUGAUCGUUUACUUAUAAAAAUACAAAUAAAUUUAGUCUAAAUUCAAAAGUAAGUAAAUAGUUUUGUAAGGUAUUUAAAAGGAAUUGCUGUUGGCAGGAAGAGCACAAUUAAUGGAAUAGAAUGGAAAAGAAAUAUUAAAGUAUUUCCCCUAAUUUUUUUAAAUAAAUUUUAAAAACAUAAAACUAAAUAUAAGGAGUCUUCCCUAAAAUAACCUACAAAAAAAUGUACAAUAUUGCAGAAAAAAGAGGAUUUAAUAAGACUCUAAAUACGCUAAAAACUCCUCAAAAUAAAUUUUUUAUAAGAAAAUUUUACAAUUAUUAAAUCCUGGCUAAAGCAGUGCCAAAUUUUUAACUCCAUACAAAACCAACAAAUAUAGACUUUAUAACAUAAUAAGCCAAAUUUACAGGAAUUUAUAAAGAAACUCUUAACAAA